AUGUCGACAACAACAUCCACAGCGACAACCCCACGCUCUUCCAUCGACAUCGCAAAGUCCAACUUCAACAUCUCCACAUCUUCCAUUACAUCGCAGUCGAGCCGAAAGCUGAAGAUGGGCGAGCUGUGGCAGUCCAUCAAGCGCCACGCCCAUGAACACCACAAGAGCGUCAACGCAGCCUAUGCGAUCUUUCACGGGCCGGGUCAUGAGAGGAUGGUGGCGCUAGGACAGGAGCAUAUGCAGGGGGAGACGCAAGGGAGGAGUGGCAGGCAUGGGGAGGUGUGGGUGUAUGAGAGGGGUGUUUACGGGCGGUUGUGA